AUGGGCAUGACUUCUUGGAUGAGAAGAUUCGUUCGCAAGCCCCCAAUGAAGCAGACGAUGACAGAUCACUCGAAAGCGCUCGUCAUACGCGGAAGGGACAAGCAGUCGGAAGGGAGCCUAUCUGCUGCCUUCCACGACCCCAAGCUUCAGCCAUCCUACACCUUUUUCAAAGGCGCUUGGAAAGAGAAUGGACAUGCCUUCCCCACCACGGAUCUGCGCUCAAACGAUGUCAAGAUCAAGCUCGUGACAUGGAACAUCGACUUCCAAGCCGUGGCCGGACCCAACGAAUGGCUGCUGCACUACAACCUCGAUCUCAUUCAGGCGACGUCUUGGGUCCAGUCGCGCUUCCGCAUCACCGACAUCUCAUCCACCAACUGGCUCUCUCGCUACGGCACCACCACGCUUAUUGAUCUCCGCUUGCCCAUAGGAUCCGUCUUCCGGACACGAUAUGCUAGCAAGAUGGGUCGGGAUGCGCUCUUCGUCGACCUCGAUUGCAGUGACGGUACGCGCUGUACUAGGAAUAGCAGGAUCCGGUUGGGAAAUACCCACCUCGAGAGUCUCGCAGCGGAUCCACCUUUGCGGCCCGCUCAAGUGGCUCUCGCGACUCGGCUCCUGAAUGAUGAUAGUGUGCACGGCGGGGUUUUGGCUGGGGAUUUCAAUGCUAUCCAAGGUUUUGACCGGACGUUGCAUGUGGAAAACGAUUUAAAGGACGCGUAUCUGGAGGCAGGCGGGAUCGAGGGGGCCGAGAAGGAGGGAGGUGAAAAGGGUUGCGAGAAGGGGUGGACGUGGGGAAUGCAGAGCCAUGGGGGGCAGAGGGAGAGGUUUGGGUGUUCGAGGAUGGAUAAGAUGCUGUUUUGUGGGGGCGUGAGGUUAGAGCAGUUGGAGAGGAUCGGAGAAGGGGUUAAAGUGCCAGAGGGAGAGGUAGGAGAGGGGAUUUUUGCGACGGAUCAUUUGGGGUUAGUGGCGGAUCUUGUCAUAGAGUAUUAG